AUGCAAUUACUGACACUGGGACUUCGUCGAUCAUUGCUCCAGAAGCCGACUGACUAUAAACGAAUUAUCACACAAAUCGGCGCUAAGCAAAUGGGUCAGGCCGCUUUGGUGCGUUGCGACUCCGACUUCGUAUUGCACUUCACAAUGGGCGGGCGGGAGUAUCAUGUGCCGGCCAAACAGCUGAUGAAUUAUAUCUUUGGAGACAUGUGUCAGCUUUUGAUUGAAGACGGCGACCUUGGAUACUGGAUUCUUGGGGAUUCGUUUAUUCGGCAGUAUUGUCAAAUUCAUGAUUUCGCCGGGAGAAGAGUGGGAUUCGCGCCGGUGAAACAGAAAUAA